GGCACACACGGUUUUGCAAGCCCAUGUGAAGUGCCCUUUCCAACUAAAUUCCUCACACAAAAACAUUGUAUAGGAUUUUGGCCAUACCCUUUAGCCCCAAUUUGUGUACAAGAUUCAAGAUUUCUCUCUCUUCUGUAUCUCUGCAUUUCUAGGUUUGCUUGCUUUAGACAAAAAUGUAUCUAUAGACUAUAUCCCUUGCUCUUCUCUUGCUUUCUCAUUAUUUUCCUUACUGUGGUGGUUUGAAAACGUUUUGAAGGUUUCCUUUUUACCUUUUGUUCCUUGAUUUGGUCAGUUUCCCUAACAAUGUCCUUUUUUGGUUUCUGGGUUUGUGUUUUCUAGCAGAAAUCAGAACUCAUUACAUUAAUUCCUCGAUGGGUUUUGAUUCUCAGUGAAAUUUCACUUGCCAGGGUUUCUUUUUUCAAAAAGAAAAACAUUUGAGAGCCUUGAAGCCUAUAUUAAUUGGGGAUGUGAAUUUUCAGGUGACAAAUGGGAUCUUUUAGUGGUUUAGGAAUUGGUUUAAGCUUAGUUUUUGGUUGUCUUCUUUUAGCACUUGUGGCAGAGCUUUAUUAUUUGCUAUUCUGGAAAAAGAGAGUGGCUAAUAGAGAAAUUGAAGAAAAUGAAGAUUACAGCAGCAACUAUGCUAAAGAAUUCUUUCAUCUAAUUUGUUGGAAAAAACACACUUCUCAUUUGCAAGGCAAUAGCACUAAUACCCAGAUAAGAGACCCAAUGGACCAUUGUCUGCAAGAACAACAAGACUUGGAAUUAGGCACAAGCAAAGAUUUGCUUAUAAAAGCUUUUGGUGAAGAAAGUGUAGAGUCAGAGCUUAUGAGACUGCACAAUCUCUCUGGCCCUCCAAGAUUUCUCUUCACAAUUAAAGAGGAAACAAAGGAAGAUUUAGAAUCUGAUGAUGGGAAAUCAAGAGGUGAUAGAAGCAGAAAAGCUUCAAGAACAAGAAGCUUAAGUGAUCUUAUUUUAAGUGUUGAUACCCCCUUUUUAACCCCUUUAGCUUCUCCUAAAUUAAAGUCCCCACCUUUAAACGCUUUAGAUUAUUAUAAUCACCAUGGAUUCAACCCUCUCUUUGAAUCAUCAUCAAUGGAUGCAGAAACUCACAGGCUUAGAUCUUCUCCACCUCCAAAAUUCAAAUUCUUAAGAGAUGCUGAAGAUAAACUUUAUAAAAGAUUAAUGGAAGAAAGAGCUUUGAAAAAUACAAAUGUUUCUGUUCAAGAUUCAAGAAAUCAAGAUUCAAGAAUCUUAUUAGCAGAGGAAGCAGAGGGGUCUUUUUUGGGCUUUAUUGUUAGUAGAAACAAAGAAAGAGAUGUUUUUAAACAUCAUCAUCUUCCACAAUACCCUUCUAGUUCAUCUCAGGUACUUCCAUUGGCUUCUUCCCCUACGGCAUUCAGUCCAUUAGACAAGAAGCCCUGAUGUAAAAUAAUUUUAAUUUCUUUUUUGUUUUUUCAAUUAACAUGAAUUGAGUCCAUUAAUUUCUUAUUUAUUUUUUUAAAUCUCA